UCUAGGAGGAGGAUGAGGAGGAGGGGGCAGUGGAAGAAAUAAAUGAAACAGUUUCUGUAACCACAUGUUGCUGGGUUUGACUGAAGCACUGCUGCUGCAGCAGCCUCUACCCCGCUCCCCUCCUUGCAUUGUGCGUCUGCGUGUGUAGUUCCUGCCACCUGUGGCAGCAAUCCUAUAACCUAAACGCAAGGAAAAAUAAUUAUAAUAAAAAAAAGAAAACAGCAGUGAAGAGAAGAGAAAAGGAGAGGCUGGGCGAAGGGGAGGUGUUCUUUCAUGUUAAGUGGACUUCUGACUGAGAGAGAGCCACGCUGCACUUGACACAAAUGAAAGAAUCUUAAAGCCAGCAGAAUGCCAGGACUCAUUAACAAGGAGACCCGGUGUGCUCUGCCUCUCAGUGUGUCUGACAUCACCUGCUGCGUCAGGGGUUACACUCUGGCCCUGACGGCCUCUAUGACCUAUGAGAAUAUUGAAGAUCAUGCCAUUGAGGGCAUCUUCAUAUAUCCACUGGAGGAAAAUUCCAUUGUUGUAGGGUUUGAGGCGAUGAUAUCCAGUCAAAUUAUAACGCUGCAAAUUAAGGGCAAGGCAAAACUUGAUGAUUGCUAUCAGGACAGCUGCCACACAUCUAACGGAGCGCUGCAUAGCAGCACUGUUACAGGAAACAUACUGCUGGAUGAGGAUUUUGAGAGGACUGUGCUUGUGGUUAAUCUUGGAAUUAUCCCUCCGAUGGAGACCGUUCACAUCCUGGUCAGCACAUCCUCUGAGCUCACCACCCUGCCCAGCGGGGGUAUCAGGGUCUCAUCCCCACCAGUUUGCACACCUCGGGUGCAAAGGACCAUCAACGAGGAGCAGGGGUUGUCUCCAAACUUUUCUAGAACGCGUGAAAAACCCACUUGUGCUUCAAGCCCUCAUGAUCAUAAUCCAAACACCUCUCCGCUGUGGCUAGCAGUGCUGCUGGAGGAUGAGGCCAUAAACUCCAUGGACUAUGAAUUUAACUUCCAGCUGGAGAUCCGGGCUCCGUAUCUCCUCGCAGGAGUGGAGAGCCCUUCUCAUGCCAUCCGAGCUGAUGCAGACCCUCUUGCUCGCUCGGCAACCAGCGUCGUCAUCACACUGGCUGACAAGUACACUUACGACUGCCCUGUGGAAAUACUUAUCUACCCCAGCGAGCCCCAUGUGCCCCACGUGCUCGUCGAGAAUGGAGACAUGACGCAGGAGGAAUACGAUGAGUACCUUCACAGUCGGAGUGAUUUCAUCAAAGCAACCAAAAAGGACUCCAGCAAUCAGAGGAAAGUAGAUGUCAUUCACAGACGGCUGCAUAAGGACAUCCUUCACAACCCUGUGGUCAUGUUAAACUUUUGUCCUGACCUCAAAUCUAUCUGCUCGGACCUGAGGAAAGUUCACGGUGAAUUCAUUUUCCUUAUUGACCGAAGCGGCAGCAUGAGUGGACCCAACAUCCACCGUGUGAAGGAUGCCAUGGUGGUUAUUCUCAAGAGUCUGAUGCCUGGCUGCCUUUUCAACAUUGUUGGAUUUGGAUCCACUUUUAAGUCACUCUUUGCCACCAGCCAAAACUACGAGGAGGAGGCCCUGGCUCAAGCUUGUGAUUACAUCAGGAAGAUGAGAGCCGACAUGGGGGGAACCAACAUCCUGGCGCCGCUCACCUGGAUUAUGAGGCAGCCCACGUUCAGCGGUCACCCCAGGCUGCUCUUCCUGCUCACAGACGGUGCAGUCAGCAACACGGGAAGGGUUAUUGAGCUGAUCCGCAGCCAUGCACGCUAUAUCAGAUGUUUUUCAUUCGGCAUAGGACAGAAUGCUUGCCGGAGGCUCGUGCAUGGACUGGCGGCUGUUUCCAAAGGAACAGCUGAAUUCCUGUCUGACGGAGAGAGGCUGCAGCCCAAGAUGAUAAAAUCACUGAAGAAAACCAUGUCCCCUGUACUCAGUGACAUUUCCAUUGAAUGGCUCUUUCCUGAAACCAAAGAGGUGCUGCUCUCCCCCGUUGGCAACACCUUCCUCUUUCCUGGGGACAGUCUGAUUGGCUACAGUGUGGUGUGCGACACCACUCGUUACCAUGACAACCCCAAAUCUGAUAAAAGGAGGCGAUACAGCAUGAUGCGCUCCAUUGAGUCAGACAGCUCGGUCUUUUACCACUCGCAAGAAGAGGAGGCGGGGAGGACAGGAGUUGACAGUCACGGGUCCCUCCGGGAAGCACCCUCUGGCACGCUCCAUGACUCCUACCAGGACUCCAUGAUGGAGAGGGGCCCUGUCAUGACAGAGCCAGACUUCACAGAUGACACAUCACCAAGGAGACGAGCCUACAGCACUAACCAACUGAUGGACUACAACCCAGGGAAGAAAACCUUCACUCUCAGUGACCCUAACUCUGUGGUGCCCAAGAAUCCUCUGAGAAGGAGUAAAGUCCAGGAGCUGACAGGCCAGAUGAGCCCCGAGCAUGAAGUGCAAUGGAAGAACGACUACCAGCCACAGCUGGCCAUGUCGUUCAGAGGGCGACCGGCCAGCUGUCCCAAACCGUCUCCUCAGCAGGAGCUGCCUCCACAGCAGGAAGAAAGCUCUGAGCUUCAUCCCCAACCACAGCUACAGGAUGGACCUCAGCCAAGCGACAGCAGAGGGGCGCCUCUCGCUCGCCCUCCUGCUGGGGAUGAAGGGUCCAGAUCGUCCACUGACAGCCCCUCUGUUGGCAGCGUUGGCGACACAGAUGGAUAUGGGCACCAACUGUGUCAAGCAGAAACACCUCAGGAGACCCAUGCCUCACAUCUGGGGAGCACCAGCCAGCACAAAGGGAACUGCAAAGCGGUGGUGUCAGGACUGCUGUGUGGUCAGCCGAUGAAGUGGGACGUGGUCUUUGACAUCGAACCCUUUUUAAGCGGCCGGGAACGAGAGGAAAAGGUUCACGAAGAGCUGUGGAAUGAGACGUUUCACCACCUGGCCGGGAGUUCAAUCAUUCAAGACUUUGAGCACAUGGCCGAUAAAGAGUCGGAGAUAGAGCAAGGUUCUGGCAGGAAGUACCAGGUAUACGCUAUUCACACCAGCAAAGCCUGCAAUAUUCUCAGCAAAUACACAGCAUUUGUUCCCAUUGACUUGGACACCAAUGAGUAUUUGCCAACGUGUGUUGAAUGCAUAAAUACUGGGUCAGGACUGAAGAGAAGCUCCAGGUCUCGAUCGGGGAGCAGGAAGAACAGAGGGUACUCCAUCGGGCUCGGUCGCUCCCAGUCAGGGGGCAUGUCAGAGGAAGCCGAAGAUAUGCCUUACAAUGCAGAGGAUGGAGUCUCUCCAUGCAGCACCCCCUCCUCUGCCGGCUGGGAGAAAUGCAGCUUCACAGAAGUUGCCCCACAGAGGAGUCCAUCUGUGACAUCUGACCAAUCACAGAAAUCAGUGGAGAGUCUUUUUUCUGCCAGGCUGGCCCUCAGCAGGACUCGCCUACUGACCCGAGCUGCCAAAGGAUUCAUGUGUCGAUCUCACAGCAAGUCCGGUGAUUCAAUAGGAGAGAGUGAAAACGAGAACAAAGACUACAUUCCCCUGGUGUUGCUGCAGUUAGCCUGCGGUGCAUUUCUCCUGGACUCAGCUCUGUGUGAAGCCAUUAACGUGCCAAUGGACAAGCUGAAGUGGACGUCACCCUUCACCAGCCACCGCUCCAGCCUGGGCCCCCUGUCUCACUCCAGCAGCCGCCGCACUGACAGCUCAGAUGAUGGGUCCAGAUCACCGCUUGAGCCAGAUCAUUAUCAGAGAGCGGCAGAGCACACUGCUGGCAUCCACAGCCCCUCUUAUCUAUCUAGAAACGCAUGGCAGGAUGCUGCUCAGCCCACCGCCUUCGAGCCCCAGUUUUUCCCGUUCACCCAGGCGGAUGCUGGAAGGAGCUCGGGUUUCGGCGGCUCGGAAACAGCAUCACCCAGCAGCUCACUGAAGAGGAUGCAGGAUCCGGAGAAUUUGGUGUGGGCAACAGCAGUUGCCCUGGCCUGGCUGGAGCACAGCUCUGCCAGUUAUUUUACGGAGUGGGAGCUGGUGGCUGCCAAAGCCAGCAUGUGGCUGAAUGCACAGGACAUCCCGGAGGGGAAAGAUUUAGCCUCCAUCAAGGCUGCUGCCAAUCAGCUCUUCAUAAUUCUCAGACACUGGGAUGAAAACCUGCAGCUGAACAUGCUCUGUUACAACCCCAACAGUGUCUGAGACCUGAAACACACCACUGAAGGCACCGAGUGCCGUACGUUACUAUGCUUACCAUGGCUGUACCGUCACAGCAGCGUUGCAGUAUUCAAACCCCUUGAAAUGUAUUCAUAUUAUGUUACAUGAUAGACAAACACCAAGCAUGGUUUUGUUGUAAAAGGAAAAUGCUCAAUUCAUUUCAAAAAUAGAAAUUAAAAUUAAAAAAUUAGGCUGAGGAUUUUGAUUCGACCCUCUUUGCUUAUAACCUCUUAAAUAGAAGCCAGUCUAAAAAAAAUUACUCUGAACGUUAUCAAUAAAUGCAAUCAUUUGUGUGCAAUUUAAUUUAGGAAUAAAGGAAGUUGUUCUACAAAUGCCCCAGAGGCUCAUUAGAAAGAGUAGCAUUUUUUUUUUAAUUCUUUCUCUCUUUUCUUUAUGUCUAUCUCUCUCUUCCCCUCUCCCUUUUUAUAUCUGUACGUUGCAUACCAUUUCAUUCCCUAAACCAGGGGUCACUAACCUUUUUAAGGCUGAGGGCCACUUCAAGGGUACCGAGACUUAGGAAGGGCGACCAUUACUGACCCAUGAGCUGCAAGAGUUAGCGUUAGCCUAAACUUUGCUCAUUAUCAACAUAUUUUUAUUGUUUCUGUUAAUUUCUAAGUUUAUUUAGACAUUUUCAUUUUGAAAUCUCUAUAAAUGAUUAAAAAGAAGAGCAACAGAAUAAAAUAACAUUUCAA